AUGAAUAUAUCUGGAAGAAAUAGAUUGACUGAGUUCAUUCUUUUGAGUUUCCCCUGCCCCAGAGAAAUUCAGAUACUUCUCUUUGGGGUGUUCUUUCUGACCUAUAUCCUAGUGGGGAAUGGAUCCAUCAUCUCUGCUGUGAAAUUGGACUGCUGGCUUCAUACACCUAUGUACAUCCUACUAGCCAACUUUUCCUUCUUUGAGAUCUGCUACAUAAAUACUACAGUUCCCAGUAUGAUGGCCAAUUUCCUCUCCAAUACCAAGACUAUCUCCUUUACUGCCUGCUUCCUCCAGUUCUAUUUUUUCUCCAUUAGCACCAAUGAAACUUUCUUCUUGAUCCUCAUGGUUAUUGAUCGGUACUUUGCAAUUUGUCAGCCUCUACACUAUCCCACCCUCAAGACAGUACAUCUCUGCAUCAAACUAAUGAUACUCUGUUGGGGGACUGCCUUUCUUUGCUAUCCGGUUCCAAUCUACUUUAUGACUCAAUUGCCCUUCUGUGGUCCAAAUAUCAUUGAUCACUUUGUUUGUGAUCCAGGACCCCUCUUGGCUCUAUCCUGCACUCCUGCUCUAGGGAUUGGACUUUCUUAUUCAAUUUUGAGCUCCCUUAUUAUCUUCAUCACCUUCUUUUUAAUCUUUGGAUCCUACACUCUGGUGUUUAAAGCUGUACUUCAAGUACCUUCAACAGCUGGAAAGCAUAAGGCUUUCUCUACUUGUAGUUCCCACUUAGUUAUGGUAUCUCUGUUCUAUGGGACACUCAGGGUCAUGUACAUCAUCCCAACCUCUGGAAAUCCAGCUGGAACACAAAAAAUUGUGACCUUGUUUUACUCAGCUAUGACUCCACUUAUAAACCCCUUGAUUUAUAGCCUUCAUAAUAAGGAUAUGAAGACUGCCCUGAGAAAAGUUCAAAUGAUCAAAAUUGGUCAGAGUACAUAA